AUGGCUCUACCAGCCAUACCGCCGAAACCACCCUGGCCAUCAGCUGCCCAGCGAAACCUCUCCCCCAGGCAUCUACCAGCCUGGGGCGCCUCCAUCCUCACGGUCACAAGUCGGUCAUCUCUCUCACCCAGAUCCCAAGCUUACCCAUCCCCAAAAUCUCUUCUGAAACUCUCCAAUUCCGCCAUUCGUUUCUUGAAGAAACCGAAGAAGCAAUCCAUUCUUGUCGCCGGCAAGGAGAAUUCAAUGCGAUCCAACAGACCACCGGCUGGUUCAGAAUCAUCAUUGUUAGAAUCCAACGACACCCUAUAUUCGGAUUCCGGAGUUGAAACAGCGAGUUAUUUCGUCACAGAUGGUGACAACGCCGCACCCUCAAAGGAUACCCAUAAUGGUCAGCAGGUAUUUGUGUCGGAUGCUAUAGAUAGUGGUUUAGAUUGCAUAGAGUCAACCAUUGAUUGCACUUAUAGAUAUGAGGCCGACGAUAUUACACAUGUUCAUGAACCUGUCAAUUUUGGGGAUUUUGAUUCUGAGGGUCGUCCUAACACUAGCACUGUGAAAAUGACAUUGAAACUGAAAGGAGGCUACUUAUCUAAUUCAAUAGAGUCCAGGUUACUCAAGUCCGGAAUGAAUUGCAGUCCUAGUGUUUGUGCCAGUGAUGAAUGCUUGGAGGAGUGUAAAUCUGAGGAAUUUGAGCCGGGUACGCAGCUUGAUUUGUUGCUCAAGUUAUGUUCUGAGACAGAUGAGAAGGAUGACAAGUCUAACAUAGGCGGAGAAUAUGAUCCGUUUGAUGGUCUCAUUUAUUGUCCUCUCUGUGGAGUUGACAUCUCGGAUUUGAGUGAUGAACUUCGACAGGUUCACACAAAUGAAUGCCUUGAGAAAGAGGAAACUCCAGAUAAUGCGAAGCUUCCUGAUGAUGACGUACGACCUCGAUGCCCUGGUCAAGUGCUUGAUGGUUCUCCUGUUCGGUCUCCUCGGCAAGCUGUUGAUGUCUCCCCUGUUCUAGGAUGGCUGGACACUCUCGGCCUAGCUAAAUAUGAUGAAGUUUUUGUCCGUGAAGAGAUUGAUUGGGACACUUUGCAGUGGCUGACAGAAGAUGAUCUUAUGGACAAGUUUGCUAUUGGAGUUUCCAUGGUUACUGCCCUGUCACUGGCCAUCUC